AGUAUGAUUAUGAGCUGUGCUGCUUCCUGCUGCUGCGAGUCGAUUCGUCAUCCGCUCAUUCCGCCUCACCUCGGCUCCGUGGACCACCUGCUUUGCGCUCCGCCUUUCACUCGUCCACUCCCCAGCCGCGCUCGGAUGUCGGAUGCCCCCCCCCCACCAGCGACGCGCCACCUUCUCGUCGCGCUGAUGCGUGCAGCCGACGACGCGCGCCUCUAGACAAGUGCCUGCUCGACCCCGCUCCGGGAGUGCCGCCCCCCACCCACCACCCACCGCCCACGGCCCCUGCUUCAACGUCGCCAGCCCUCCAUGCGGCUUCCGUGCUGACGACCGUCGCAGCUGCGGGAGUGUCGGUCGCGGGUGUGGGCGCGCGGGUGAGGGGAGUGGGCGCGGGCGCCAUGGGCGUCACCUGGCUGCUGCACUGGCAACCCUCACCGCCCCCCCAGCCCCCCGGCUCCACGGCCCCUCCCCCCUCGUCGUCGUCGCUGCUGUCCCUGGCCACCUACACCGAGGUCGCCAAGGCCAUCGAGAGCCUGCCCGCCGCGCGCAAGGGGCGCUGGCAGUGCACGUGCUCGCUCUAUCGACCCAACGCGCGAGACACAGCAGGGGCGCCGCCGUCCCAGUCUGACGUGGCAGCCGCGCGGGAGCUGUUUGGCGUGUCGUUUUCUGACGUGGCGGGGCGGCACCUGCUGGUGCUGCGGCAGGAGCGCGUGGUGGUGGAGGCGGAGAGCGGCGUGCAGACGCUCAUGGAGAAGCUGCAGCUGUACCGCCACCGCGUCUCCAUCACCUACGAGGGCUUCGAGUAUCUGCUGGGCGACUUCGCCAUGCGCCUGGGCCGCGCCAUCCUCUCCACCAACGAGGCGCUCCGCGGCAUCGUGGUGGAGGUGGAGUACCUGCCCACGUGCUCCCUCCCCCGGGCGCGCCCUCUCCUGCUGGACUUCCUGGCGCUGUGGCACGACGUCGUGGCGGCGCAGGGCCUCGUGGGGCGCUUCGUGCCGCUCGACCCGGCCUUCAGCGACUACUCUCUGGGGGACUCCUUCUCGCUGCAGCACAGCGCCUUGCAGUUCGUGCUCGUCUCUGCCCACUUGAUGGCCGCACGUGCAUAGGCCGGUCGCUGAACUCAUCCUUCAAGGGCUGCAGCCUCUGACUCGUCCUUCAAGGGCUACAGCUUCUGACUCAGCAGCACAGCGCUCUGCAGUUGGUGUUUAUGGCAGCGCACCUCAUGGCGGCAAGCACAAGGCUGUGCCUCUCCAGCCCGCCAUCUCCACUGCUCUCUGGACCACUGCUCUCUGGACCACUGCUCGCUGGACCACUGCUCUCUGGACCACUGCUCGCUGGACCACUGCUCGCUGGACCACUGCUGUCUCGACCACUGCUCGCUCGACCACUGCUCGCUGGACCACUGCUCUCUGGUCCACUGCUCUCUGCAACACAGCGCUUUGCAAUUCGCGCCCGUGUCAGCUCACCUGAUGGCGGCACGCGCUUAGACCCCACCUCCGGUUUAUUCAUUUAGUCACUUGCGUCCCUGUCCCAGUGAUUCACUCACUCCGUGGCACAGCGCACUGCAGUGUGAGCGCGCGUGAGCACACCUCAAGCUGCCCCUCACAUAGCUGAGCCACGAGACCACACUUCCUCUCACUAGUCUCCGAAUUACCCCUUGGCCUGCAAGCAAUGCAAGCCGCUACACUUGGUGCUCGUCCUGGUGCAUCUCAUGGCGCCAUGCGCAUAGAACCCGCGUUUUGGUGACUACUGCCGCCGUGAUGCACUCACUGUGCACUGCAGUGUUAAAAUUAUAUAUUGAGUUAUAUAAUUGUUAGGCUUGGUAGGUUAUUGAACUUUACUGUAGAGGGUACAAUCCCCUCCUUGUAUGCCUCUCUCUUUCUAUUCCAAU